CCCGGCUUGGCCAGCGCGUGUCGUCCGGGCUUCUCAAAUCAGAGCCACCGAAAUGGCUGCGUUCCCGUCCUUUUCCCUGCUUCUCCUGGUGGCUGGGGCUUGCGUGACUCCACGGGGCUCCAGCGAGGAGAUCAUCGGGGGGAAGGAGGUGACCCCACACUCCAGGCCCUUCAUGGCCUCCCUCCAGCGCCACGGUGUCCACCUCUGUGGAGGCGUCCUCAUCCACCCGCGGUGGGUGCUGACGGCGGCCCACUGCCGCCCCCGGUACACCAAACACCAGUCCUUCACAGUGGUGUUAGGGGCCCACUCUCUCUCUCAGAGCGAGGACUCCAAGCAGAAGUUCGACGUUCUGAAGUUCGUUGCGUUCCCGGGAUACUCCUCAGACCCCAUCUCGAACGACAUCAUGCUGGUGCAGCUUCACACGGCUGCAAAGCUCAACAAGAAUGUCCAGCUGCUCCAACCAAGCACCAAGAACGAUAUUACAGCCGGAACCAAAUGCCAGGUCACUGGCUGGGGCGCCACCGACCGGGACACCUUGAAACCCUCGGACACCCUGCGAGAAGUCACUGUCACGGUCAUCAGUCACAAGCUGUGCAACAGCCCUGACUAUUACAACCACAACCCCGUCAUCCUCAAAGGCAUGGUGUGCGCGGGGGACACCAGAGGCCGCAAGGACUCCUGCCAGGGUGACUCCGGCGGCCCCUUGGUCUGCGGCGGCGCCUUCUACGGCCUGGUGUCGUCGGGUCACAAAUGCGGCCAGGCCAAGAAACCUGGAAUCUACAUCCUCUUCAUGACGAAGUUCCAGGCCUGGAUCAAACGCCAGCUGCCCCCGCCUCCUGCACCCUGAGGCGGCCGGCGGUUUUCCGGGGUCUGCCCGUUGCUCGGUGGUGGGGGUUGUUUGUUC